CAAGAACAGGAAACCGAAAAAGAAAACGAACGAGAGACUGAGCAAGAGACCGAAAGAGAGAAGGAACAAGAAAAAGAACAGGAAGCCGAGAAGGAAAAAGAGAAAGAAGAGGAGCAAGAGGAUGAAGAAGAACAUGAAGAGGAGAUUGAGUUACAAACAAAAGAAAUUAAAGAAAUUGGAAAAGAGUUAAAAGAGAUUAAGCAAGAAUUAAAAAUCUUAAACCAAAAUUUAGGAGCAAUUGCAAAAAUGUUUCAAGAUUAUUUGGUUCACGAGGGAGUUUAUCUAGGACCAGUAUUUGAAAUUAACAUUCUCGAGCAUCUACGAAAACAGUUAGAUGAAGAAAAUUUAACUGCUGAACAAAGAGAAGACUUAGAAGGAUUAAUUAAACAUUUGGAAAGUGAAAUUACGCCAAAAAUUACUGGUGAUUAUUAUGAAAUUAUUGAAUAUGAUUUGAAAACACCUACAUCAAAUUUAGAACAAGUUAACAGCACAGUUUCACAAACUCAACCCAGAACCGAUUUAAUUAUCAUCUACAAAGAAAUGGAAGCAAAAGGAAUUAAGAAUAUUGACUUAAAGGAGUUAGAAGAAUUAGAUAAUCUUAGAGGAACUUUAAAGCAAUGGGGUCCCGAUGCUCCGAUUAAUCAGCAAAACAGAGCUAGAAAAGAAGAGUUAGAAAAAAAGUAUAGUAAAGAUCCAAAAAGUUUAUUUACCGAAGAAGAAGCUAAGCAAAUCGAUGGUGGAAAGCUGGACUUGUCAGAAUAUCCUAAUUUAGAAAAGAUAACGAUUUCCGGAGAGUAUUUAAAAUCUCCUUUAACCGAAUUAGAAUUAGGGGAAAAGCCUAAACUUUACUUGCUUUAUGUUCCCGACAACCGAUUAAUUAGUUUAGUUUUGAAUGAAACUUUAGACAUCAGCAAUACUGAUAUUGAUAGUGGUUUAGAAUAUUUACCUGACAGUGUUAAAAAAUUUAAAUGUUCAACAGAUAAAAGGCCAGAUACUAAAGCAAAAGCUAUUUAUGAUUUAUUUGCCAAUGACCAAGGAAAAGAUGCAGAAUUCAAAAUCCAACUCCAAGAAGCUGAAGAAUACAAUAAAACCUUAUCAGAUGAAGUAAAAUUUCCCCAAUACCAAAUCCACCACGGAGCCUCUUAUCACAGCAAACUUUUACCAACUAAAGAGAUUAGUAGACUGUUACAAGAUUCUCAAA